AUCGAAAGAGUCAUAAAAAAGAGAAUUCUAGAAUUACAAAAUCUCUUCGAAAAUCUAUCAGUUUAAACUCCUUUCCAAAUAUCGUCAUCAUAAUAACCUAAAACCAAUUAUCCACACAAGAGUAACAAAAGGGGUAGAAUUCUAGAAAUACAAAAUUCUUUCCUCGUCCCAGAACCUCAACAAAUCUUCUAUCAUUCAAACAAUUCUUCUCCUCCGAUUAUAGCUGUGAACCCUAAUCAAUUCCUCCCCUCUUUCAAACAAUCAUUACACAUGUUGUCGAUUAUCAAUCGAGGUUUUGUUUGAUUUUCGUUUGAAACCCUAACAAUUUCUUUAUCCUAGUUCCCCAGUUCAUCGAAUUUUCAAAUUAGGGUUUUGCACAAAUUAUAAUGUUCAUAAUCUCCUUGUUUAAUCAGCUACCUUGGGUUACGGCUUCUUCAAUCAUCCUUGUUAACAAUCUUCGUGUUCUUGGUCCUGGUUUGAAUCCUUUUGCUCCUUACAACAUGGCUAAUUACUUAGCUCUCUCUCGCUAAUUUCAAUUUCGUUGCGUUUUUUCUCCCUCUUUCUACUUUAAGUAUUCUGAAAGAAGUUUGAUUUUGAUUUGGGUAGUAUUUUUUUCUGAAAAAUCAUGUAAAAUAGUGAAUAUUUCCAUCUGGGUUUAUCGAUUUUUCAAUCUUUGAAAGGGGGUUUCUGAGUUUUAGGAGACAAGGGUUGUUUAGAGUUUCAUAAGUUGGUGAUUGAUUUCGGUGGAAAGGGGUUUUGUGCUGUUGAGGGAAAUAGUAAUUAUGCUAAUUACUCCUCAAGCUGAGCAGUUGGGGAUUUUCCGGCGAAGAUUGUUGAGGAAGCGGUCGCAUAGGUCGAGUUUCGAUACCGAUGAUAGAGGUUGGACUCCGCUUCACAUUGCUGCUCGGAAGGGCGACCUUAAGGAGGUUAAACGAAUGCUUAAUGAGGGAAUGGAUGCAAAUGUGGCUGCUUGGGGCGCCAAAAUGCAAGGUGUCACGCCUCUUCACCUUGCUGCUGAAGGAGGCCAUCUCAAAGUCAUGGAUGUGCUGCUUGAGCAGGGUGCUAAUAUUGAAGCCAGAACCAAGGGUCCUUGUCGUUGGACACCGCUCCACUUAGCAGCUAAAGAAAGGAAUAGGGAUGCAGUCAGAUUUCUGGUUGAGAAUGGGGCCUUCUUGCCACCUGAUAUUAAUGACAGCCGAUUUAACCCACCAUUACACUAUUGCCCUGGCCUUGAAUGGGCUUAUGACGAGCUAAAGCGUUUGCAGGACAGUUCGUCUUCUGGUGAGAUAUCAUACUGUUCUGAUAAUUGAAGCUGCCUUCAGUCACACAUUUCACGUCCAACGUUUCUAUUUAGCUUUUUAGCCACCUUUAUCGAAUGCCUAUUAUUUAGCUGCUGAUGUUUAUGAUAGACAGUUACUAUGCUCUGGUAUGUGGUAUGUAAUGACUGACUGCUAAGCUCGACAUUUGGUUGUGUUAUAUGAUGAUGUAGCUUUGGGGUUGCAUCAUAAGUAGUAUAUUAGGUAAUAUGGAAUUGUCAUCGUUGUAUGAUCUGUUUUGUCAUGGAUGGUUUGCAUUAAUGAAAUAAAAGUAGACUUGGUUUACAUUACUCUUC